UAGACGCGAAGAAAGCAGUACUGGCGACUGGAGGUUACGACGCGCGUUGCGAUUUCAACUGGGGUUUUCAAAGCGGUUAAGUGUCCAGUAACCAGCGUAACGGCUUUGCGAAACGGGAAAACAAAAGUGACCAGUGGGUGAACGAGUGGCGGCAGGAGGCGAGCGGCGCGGAAGUGGGUUACAAGAGGAAGCAAAGGAAGUCAGGAAGUCCAGCUGGCGAAGGAAAAGCGGUUUCAACUGUCAAGGAAGCAGUGGAUAGAACGGAACAAGCAGCACAAGACUAUUAAGAAGCAGCAUAGCAAGCAGUUCAAGAUUUCUUGAGAAAUCUAAAUUUCAAUAACAAAAACCUUUUUAAAAUUUGUAAGCGGUGUGUAUUCAGGCCAGGAUAAAAGAUUAUUAUCUAAUUAUCUAAAAAGCUAUUGAGAAACUGAAAUAGGAAAAUCUUAUUAGAAUAGUCGCCAAAAUUAGCACGAAAGCAAGCCUCCACGAAGUUGUACCCCCUAGUACUUUAGUAUUCCUAUAAACGCUGAAGGUCCCGGAAGUAAGCAGUUUUAGAAUCCAGGCAUUCAGCUAAACAGGAAACCAUGCAAAGGAAACACAGUUAACAGUGAAAGCAGUCGAAUCAACAUAAGUGCCAGCAAUUGCACUCGCAAUUAAAAAUUAAAUGCGUGUGCGAACAAAGCGACCAAGCCAAUGUCAAAACAAUCUGCAAGUGCAAGUGCCACGCUGCUGCUGCUCAUUUGGCUGACAUGGCUAACGAUGCACUGCAUCGCGUUGGACUGGCAGCAGGUUAAGCCGAUGUACCUGGUGUCCAUGUACCCGGGCCCCGCGGGUCUCUCCACUUCCUCGUCCUCCCCAUUUUCCUCCUCAGCAUCCUCAUCCGGUUCCCUGGAGCACGAUGCGGAAAUGAGUGCCAGCAAUGUGGACAGUCGACACAUGAAGGGGUUGGGAAUGGGCAGGGAGAUGGGCGCUUUCAGCGAAGAGGACGAUCGGGAGCCACUGGUUCUCAAUUUGGAGACCACGCCGCUGAUGGAGAAGAUGCUGCCCGAGGGCGCGAUGGCGAUGGAUCGCAUCUUUGGCGGUGAUGUGGGCAAUCCCCACUGUUUUCCCUAUCAGGUGGGAAUGCUGCUUCAAAGACCUAAGGGUCUAUACUGGUGUGGUGGCUCACUGAUCUCUGAUAAGCAUGUCAUCACCGCGGCUCACUGUGUUGACAUGGCGAAGAGGGCCCUGGUUUUCUUGGGCGCCAAUGAGAUCAAGAACGCCAAGGAGAAGGGCCAAGUUCGACUGAUGGUGCCUAGCGAAAACUUCCAAAUCUACCCCACCUGGAAUCCAAAGAGAUUGAAGGAUGACAUUGCUCUGGUAAGACUGCCUCAUGCCGUCAGCUUUAAUGAGCGCAUACAUCCUAUUCAAUUGCCGAAGAGGCACUACGAGUACCGCAGUUUUAAAAACAAACUGGCCAUCGCAUCCGGUUGGGGUCGCUAUGCCACUGGAGUCCAUGCGAUCAGCAAUGUGCUGCGCUACGUCCAACUGCAGAUAAUCGAUGGACGGACUUGCAAGUCCAACUUCCCGCUAUCCUAUCGAGGUACAAAUAUAUGCACCAGUGGAAGGAAUGCGCGUUCAACUUGCAAUGGGGAUUCGGGAGGACCUUUGGUUCUCCAAAGGAGGCACUCGAAGAAGAGAGUCCUGGUGGGAAUUACAUCCUUUGGCAGCAUAUACGGUUGUGAUCGAGGCUAUCCAGCGGCCUUCACCAAAGUUGCCUCAUAUUUGGAUUGGAUCAGCGAUGAAACUGGUGUAAGUGCCCACCAGGAUACCACGGAGGCAAUAUUCUUCGAUCAGUAUGUAAGGGAAUAUGGAAAACCACGUCAAAGUCGACGCUUGGAAACGGAGGAGCAGUUGGAAGACGAUGUGCCCGACGAACUAGAUGUCCACCCGAGACCCGCUUCCGAUGAGGACAUCUCCGAGGAUGUCAGACCACGAACACGGUCACGCCCACACUCCGAACACGAGUUCUAUUUCUUGUAACCCAAAAAUAAACGUUUAUUUUAAGAUCAAAA